CACGUACCUCUCUGCUCUCUCAGCGCAAUCAGGAGCUCGCCUCCAGCAUUUCACACGCCCGAAGAUAGCUCAGCGUGUUGGUGUUUCGGCGCACAACAGCUCAGCACCAGUGGUAGCUGCGGUCGCCCGACACAGCAUGCAGUCCGCGGAGCCGGGCAGGCUCCUCUCGAUCCAGUCCCACGUCUGCUCUGGAUUUGUCGGCAACAGGAGCGCGACGUUCCCCCUCCAGCUUCUUGGAUGGGACAUAGACAUUGUGAACACCACGCAGCUCUCUAACCACACCGGAUAUGGCAGAUGGGGCGGCAUGCGCUUGGACGAUGCGCAUCUACGCAAUGUAUUUGCAGGUCUAGAAGCGAACGGGCUCAACAGAUGGGUGCGUCUUCUGACUGGCUACACACCAUCUCCUGCGGCACUGGCCGCCGUCAGCGGCUUCAUACGCCGGACGCGUACUGCAAAUCCUGAUCUGAUAUACUUGUUGGAUCCUGUGCUGGGCGACUCGGACAGGGGAUUCUACGUCGACAAAGAAUGUUUACCUCUCUAUCGCGAGCUGCUGCCCAUGUCCAAUAUCGUGUGUCCGAACAGCUUUGAAGCUCAACAACUUGCAGGCGUCGACAUUACAGAUCGCUCAUCGCUUCUGUCGGCCUUUGCAAUACUGCACGCCAAGUAUCACGUCGAGCACGUCAUCAUCACAUCUCUUGAGCCGCUGCCUGCUGAUCUGGGAAUAACCGCUACCUUGCCCGACGGAAGUCGUGCGAUGGUACAGGCUGGUUCAAGCUUUUCGGUGCCUCAGUCCAGCAAUGUGCCCAAAUUGGACGAAGUCACGGAACAGAUCAAUCCCUGGCUCAUUGCUUUCCCCGAGGUGGAAGGUCAUUUCGUCGGGGUAGGAGACCUCUUUUCGGCGCUGGUACUGGGUCGCUUCGAACGGGAGCAUCGCUCUGCUCCCGGAAGCGCGAGCGUCACACCUUUGGCAGGUGCCGCAGAACAGGCGAUCGCGUCCGUGCAAGGGGUAUUGCAACGCACACAAAAGUACAUGGCCAAUCUGACUAAGGAAAGCGAGUCGAGCGCAGGAUCGAAAGGGAUGAAGAAUGCAGCAGACGACCAGGAUGCGUCGCUUGUGGGGCCAACGAGCUCGGCUGCGACGCCCGAGGAUCUGGCAAGCGCACAUCUCCAGGUGGAAUAUGCUAGAGCUAGGGAACUGAGGGUGGUACAGAGCAGAGAGGAGCUGGAGAGACCGAACGUCAAGUGGAAGGCAAGCUGGCUCAAGCGGUGAGGUGUGGUAUAGACAGGGAUGAGCGUAUAGACAUGAUGUACUAGUCAACCAUUUCUUUAGAGACUACGAUAGAAUAGAUACGGGUGCAUGGCCGUUGGUUGCUUCAGGCUCGGUCGGCUAAUGUACCAUCCCA